AUGUCUCCCCAGUCUACAGCCCCGGUCCAGAGAACGGCGCCUAUCGCCAUUGCUCCUAAACCUCCACGGCCGGAACCUUCUGCUUAUCGCCAGGACAGCUUUCAUAGGCUCGAGAUGGGUCACGGCGUUGCCAGCUCUGCGCCCAUUGAGGGUUCAUCCUUCAACGCCUCCUCACUCCCACCCUGUCUAUCAUGCCGUUACUCACGCGUCAACUGUAUCCUUAACGACGAUGACGACGGUUGCAUACAGUGCCAAGCUGCCGGCUCCGAAUGUUCCCUUUCUUCUAGCCCGCCGUCCCGAAAAAGGAAGCUUCAUGGCGAGACUAACGACGAUAUCAUCGGGAAAAGAAGUUCACCGGGUCUCGCAUCUAGGCGACGAAACCAUAACUCCAGUCUCUCCAGCACCGCCGCUAGCAGUUCGUUCCUGGAGGAGAUGGCUAAUGUCGGCGGCCCGACCAUGCUUAAACGUACACUGGGCCUGCAGGAUGACCGUUACAGCCAGUAUAUUGGCCCUACCACCGACUUUGAACCCUCUCUCAUCAACCUUUCUUCCUUUGAUCCUCAUGACGAGAGUCUCCUGUCCAGAGGUACCCUUCGCAAAGUUAGCGAACACGACACUUUCUUGAUGCUGCCUGAUUCAAACACUCCAGGACACGAGCAUGUGACGCAAGACGCCGAUCAUGUCGAGUCCAUCGUGGCCCCUCAUGGCAGAAGUCUUAUCGAUAUCUACUUCCGAAUUGUCCACCCAGGGUUUCCUAUCAUUCAAAAACAUGUCUUUAUGGAAAAGUAUGAACGAUCCCAUCGAGAGUUUUCACCGCCGCUACUAGCAGCUGUUUACAUUCUUGCCAUCAACUGGUGGGAUCAGAGCGAGGAAUUGGCUAGUUUACCCCGACCCAAUGUUAAGGAGCUCGAAAACCUCGUCCGUGCAACUUUGGAUGAAGCAACCUUUCGGCCGAAGCUUUCCACGAUUCAGGCUGGUCUACUGCUUUCUCAAAGGCCUGAAGGCGACCAGUGGGCUCCUACUGCUCAACUAGUAGCACUGGGUCACGAGUUGGGAUUGCAUCUGGAUUGCACAGGUUGGAAGAUACCGCCAUGGGAGAAGGGCUUGAGGAAAAGAUUGGCAUGGGCGCUUUACAUGCAGGACAAAUGGGGCGCCCUCGUUCACGGCCGACCAUCGCACAUAUUUUCUACUAAUUGGGGUGUUCAGCCUCUAACUGCAAACGACUUUCCAGAUGUUGAGUGGGACGAGAACGACCCAGAUGAGAAACUGGAUAUUGAGAAAGGAAGACUGUUAUUCACACGAGUCGUGCAAUUAUCGGAAAUUCUCUCCGAGAUUCUCGACACUUUUUACACCCUCCAGGCUAUGAACACAGUCGCAAACGCAGGCAAACAAGGGACACAAUUAGUCUUGUCUCUUGCGAAACCCAUUCAGCUCAAAUUGAAGGAGUGGUACGGAGGUCUACCGCAGCUGAUUCGCUUGGACAAUUCAUACUCUUCUCUUAACCCUUCCUCUAGCAGACUGUCAAGUGUUGGAUAUCUCCAUCUGGCAUAUUUUGCUGCCGAAAUCACGCUUCAUCGACGAAUCAUUCGAUCUCUGGCCUCCCCAUCAAGUUCUGUCGACUCAUACGUCCAGCACAUUUGUCGCAGUGCUGCCAAAGCACGUCUCAUCUCUGCCAUGGAUUUCGUUAACCGACUUGGACCGAACCACUUGCGCUCGUUCUGGUACUUCGCCUCCAAGACUAACUUUGCGUUGAUUGGUACAUUUGGAUCUCUGCUCUGGGCAACUUCACCUGGUCGCGAGGAGGCCGAUUGGUAUCGACGACGUCUGGGAGAGUAUCGAUGGACUCUCUCGGUGAGCUCGAAGCCUGGCGAGGGCAAGGGCUUGACCAUAUUUGCUAUGACUAUGUUGGACAUUUCAACAGGCUUGCUUAAGCAGUUGCCAGAGAAGCCUUCGAUGAGCAGAAACGGUAGCCACGCCGAUCUUUCAGUUUCCGCACCACCCAUUUUCAGUGGCGGUAUCCUCGACAGCCUUGGUAGCAGGCCUGGUGCAUCUGAUAUGUACAGUCCACGAACUGAUGAGGAAGACGAGGAAGAGGAAGAGAUAGACAGCAGUGAUGACGAUAUGGAAGAUUAUCCACCGCGCAUGUAA